AAACAAACCCAUAUCUUUCAAAUUUGAUGUGAUUUUUUUCAAGAAAGCCAUCAAAAUCCAAAAGGCACUGAUCGAGAAAGGAAGAAAGGUCAUAGGAUUUGUUUUCAAGGGUCCUUUUUUGAUCACCAGGUUUUUGUGAUUUUGAGUUCUGUGUUAGCAUAGCAAUCAUGAGAUUCUUAAAGGGUAGUAAGGUGGAGGUACUAAAGAAUGAACAGGUGCCUCCAGGGGAGUGGCAUUGUGCUAAGAUUAUCUCUGGUAAUGGGCACACUUACAGUGUUAUGUACGAAGGUUCUCUCGAAAUUACAGCCGAGGUAGUUGUGGAGAGAGUGCCAAGGAAGGCUAUUAGGCCUUGCCCUCCUCCCAUGGAAACUGUGGAGGAUUGGGCAGUAGGAGAUGUUGCAGAAGCGUUUAACGUUGGUUCUUGGAGAAUGGCUAUGAUUCUGAAGGUUUUGGGUGGGGAUUAUCAUUUGGUUAGGCUAUUGGGAUCUUCUGAGAAGUUCAGAGUUCACAAAUCUAACAUCCGGGUGCGUCAAGUUUGGCAAGAUGACAAAUGGGUUGUGAUCAGAAAGGGUUCUUGUAAUUCUUUGCUUGUGAAGUCCAACAAACCAUCUAGCUUGAACUUUCAUCAGAUGACCUCUGAGUUUCUGCCACGCGAUACAAGGAAAAAGAUGCAGGCAGGAAAUACUUGUUUAGCUGCUCAAGACAAUAUUUGUUUGCAGAAGGCUCAUGUUGUCUCAUCCAGAACAUUGAAGAGAGCGUCCCCUUAUUGCUCUACCCAUACUGAAGCAUAUUCUGGAAAAAUGAGAGGAAUUGAGAAAGAGGGUGAGCGUCAAAGAGUCAUUUCAGAGUCUACAUUCCCCUUGCUGAAAAAGGUAGAUGCUGUAGCUUACCCACAAGCAAAUCUGGGUGAAAAAUACACGCAUGAUUCCUUUAAUAAACAAACAACCGGAUAUUUUGAUUUGGAAAGGGUAAAUCAGAAUGGUUGUAUUUUGAUUUUUCAUGGAAGAAUUUCAGAACCUAUUCAUUGUGAUGGUGAUGCAUCUUCUGUUGGUAGUUGUAGUGUUGUUACUGAUAGUUCAAAUAGGUUGUCAGGUCACAUUUUAUCAUGUCCUCCUCAAGAUGCCAAUACCCUUAAUAGUGAUGCAGAUUCCUGUUAUGAUUGUAGAGAUGAGGAAGGAAGAGGUCCCCUCUCUCUGAAAGAUAAUUUAGCAACAAGCAUCAAUAGAUUAGAGUUGCAUGAUUAUCGCAGCACUCUGGAGGCAAUAUAUGCUUCUGGGCCCUUAAGUUGGGAGCAAGAAGCUCUAUUGACAAAUCUUCGUGUUUGAUUCAAUAUUUCGAAUGAUGAACAUUUGAUGGAGAUAAGAAAUCUAAAAUCAGCUGGGUAUGGUCUUCAUCUUAGUUAAAUUUUUUA